UGGCACAUGCUCACCUCUUCCUACAUCAACGUCAUGCUCAUCUGCCUGCCCAUCGGACUGUGGGCGGGCAUCACAGAGGCCAACCCCACACUGAUCUUCACUAUGAACUUCCUGUCCCUCAUCCCGCUGGCGCUGUUCCUGGGUGAGGUGACCGAGGACCUGGCGGUGAGGUUUGGGGACACCAUCGGCGGCCUGCUCAACGCCACCUUUGGCAACGUGGUGGAGCUGAUUCUGAGCAUCGCGGCGCUGUCGCGCGGGCUGUACACAGUGGUGGCAACCUCCCUCAUCGGGUCCAUCCUCUCCAACCUGCUGCUGGUGCUAGGCAUGUGCUUCUUCUUUGGGGGCCUCAAGUACAAGGAGCAGCGCUUCUCCACGCUGGCCAACAAGGUCUCCUCCUGCCUCCUCUUCCUGGCCUGCAUCGGCAUCAUCAUCCCAUCCACCGCCAAAAUCAUCUACGGCGGGGAGGUCAUCACAAAGGAUGUUCUGUUCAACCUCAGCCACGCCAUCGCCAUCGUCCUCAUCUUUAUUUACUGCGGCUACCUGCUGUUCCAGCUGCGCACACACGCCGACUUCUUCUCGGUGAGCUUGCCGGCGGCUGGGGCGGGGGGCGGGCCGGGAGCUGCCGACGAGGUGCCUGCGCUGAGCCUGAGCGGCGCCAUGGCCUGCCUGCUGUCCAUUACGGUCAUUGUGGCCAUCUGCUCAGAGUAUCUUACGGGUGCCAUUGAGGCUGUGAGCGAGAGCAGCGGCAUCAACCAGGCCUUCCUGGGACUCAUCGUGCUGCCCAUCGCGGGCAACGCCGCAGAGCACAUCACUGCGGUGUUUGUGGCUGUGAAGAACAAGAUGGACCUGUCUAUUGCGGUGGCCCUGGGCUCCUCCAUCCAGAUCGCCGUCUUCCUCAUCCCCGUGGUGGUGCUGGCGGGGUGGGCCAUGGGCCGCGACUUCACCCUCGACUUUGACGCGUUCGCGGUGCUCAUGCUGACAGUGUCUGUCAUCCUGGCCUACUUUGUGUCGUCGGAUGGCUCCUCAAAUUGGCUGCUGGGCCUCCAGCUGGUGGCCACCUACUGCCUCAUCGGCUUUGUGUUCCUGCUGGAAAGGGAGCCCACCCCCAGCAGCGGCAACGCCCCAGCGCCCGCGCCCAUGCAACACUUGCUCUGACCGGGUGGCCCGCCUGCGUGUACCCCCGCGCAUCGUCUUUCACCUCCCUGCGUAGCCCUGUUUUUGUUGUUGUUGGUUGCCGCUCUUUUGUCUCCGCCUAUGCACAUGCUCUCUGAUUCGCCCUGCACAUGCUGACCCGCCUCUCCCUCCUGACCACACCAGCCCCGUCUCGCUGCCUGCCGGCAUCCCACGACACUGUGACCCUGUGGCAAUGCGCACCCACACCGCUGUGUAAUGUAUGACGCCAC